UCUUUCAUUUUCUACGGAAGUAUCAACAAGAAUUUACAUUACAUUAUGUUUACUAUUGCUUGCGCCCUCUAUGCAAGCGGAAAAGAAAAGAGUGAUGGUGCGUGCAGAGAUUUAGUAAUGGACGUCAGAAAUUGAAGAUUUAAAUAGCAUUUCAUCGAAAAUUUUGGUCUCAAACAAUGAAGGAUUCUGAUUGUUGUUUUCCGCACAAAAUCUAAGCAAAAUGCAACAGGAAGGAACUGUGAAAUUUCUUAAGUUUCAUCAAGGCAGCGUACGAGGUGUUGCAUUUAGCCCUCGAGAUCGUUACUUAUUUUGUUCUGGAGCCUAUGAUGGAAAAGUUAACUUAUAUUCUGCUCAAAGGACCGAAUUACUGAUGUGCUACCAAGUAUGUCCUAUAUCCACUCUAGGGAAUACCAGAAAUGUCAAUGCCGUGCGAUUUACCAGUGAUGGAUCCAGGAUUCUUGCGUCCACUACAGCUCGAAGACUUGCUGUAAUCGAUGUGGAAAGGGGAGAGCAAGUUAUGUCUUAUGAUAACUGUGCCUUUAAUGGUAGAGAUCGAGCUGCAUUAGCUGCUGAUCCAUUGAAUCCACAUAUGGCUGUUUGCAGCUGUGUAAAUGGAAAGGGUCUGACAAUAUUUGACUUAAGAAUGCCACUUCCACUUGAUUUUGUUUACGAUUUGCACACAGGUGUCAUAAGAGAUAUAACAUUCGUCCAUAGUGGCUGGAAAUUUGUUGGCGAUCAUGAAAAAGUUAUUCUUUCGUUGUCAACUGAUGGUGUUUGCAAGGUAACAACUCUAGAUGGUCGUUACUUACACUGCUUUGAAGUUGGUCAUAAUGCAAAUUCAAUUGCUCCAUCACCUGAAUCGUAUGAGACCGGUGCUGAAGAUGGAUUUUUUGGUCUUUUGAUGGUUGGAGGUGAUGUAGUUUCUGGAUACAUACCUGAUGUAGGAAUCCAGGAACGGCUAAACGAACAUGGAAACUUGCCUAUUUGGAAAUUGCGAUAUACUUCAAAUGGGGGCAUUUUAUAUACUGCUUGUGAUGGCGGUAUUGUUCGCAAAUAUCGCAGAUAUCCUGAUCAUCAUACAUAUCUCGGUGAAGUGUAUUGUCAUAAAGGUGAUAUUCAAGAUUUGGAUUUAUCGCCAUAUGAUGAGUUUCUUAUUACAGCAUCUAAGGACAGAUCUGUGGGUAUUUUAAGAUUAGGCGCACCAAAUCAUGGCUGGACAGAAUACUGUGAAUUAUCAUAAUCGAUAUAAAUUUCCAAAAUCAUUCACGCUCGGGAAAUCUUUUUCCUCUCAAGCAAAAUAGGACUUGCAGUGCCCCGUUGUGCGAAGUUUUGUAUUGCAAUUAAUUGAAAAUAUUCUGAACUGGAUUAUGUCACUCUAAUUAGAGUGUUGGGACUUAAAUGUUGAAGUUCAUGUAAAGCUGACUUUUGACAGAUAUAUUAUUGUCUUACAAUGUAACUUACCAGAACUGCAUUUUGACAGCAAUUUUUGUGUUUUACUUUAACCUAGCGAAUUUUGUCGCAAUUUCUUUUGGUUAUUUAAAUGAGGAAAUUAUGUUUCAAUGUGUGCCUGAUCAUAUCUCAUUAUCAUCGAUGUUCUUUAUCAUUGAGUGUUUGUGACUGGCAUAUUAUUUUUAUAAGAUAUAAUUUCGCCCGUUAUGCAUGUAUAUACUUAAGCACAGAUAUUUCGGGUGAGUAGUUUUGCUAUUCUUUGUUUCAUUUCAAUCCUACUUUUUGUUUCUCCAUCCUGGUGAAUAUUUUGUCAAUUCCUGAGUAACAGUAUAUUUGUAUUGAGCUAUGUUAUAUUUUUUGCUUGAAAACCAAUUUGUUAAUAAUUAAUAAAAAAAAAUUAUAAACCUUUGUAGUACUUAAUCAUAAAUUUGUAUCCAUGAUUUCAAGGUUUAUAAUUUAAUUAUUUUUUUUUAUUCUUUGUUAUUGUCUUCGUUCCUUUAAUAUUGAUUUAUCUUAAUGCUUGUGUGCAUACGUCAAUGUUUUUUUCGAACGUAUUCUCAAAAAUAAUACAUCAAUGAUGGCUUGUAAAUAUCCAAGUUGUUUGAAAAUACUUUUAAGGUGUUUCUUUGAAAAGAAAUAGAAUUUUAUCAGUUUUAUAUAAUGUUUAUUUUAUCUGAAAAUUUUGCUGCCCCACAUUUUAUCGAUUUUUAUUAUUUGUUCUGUUAAUGAAGACAUGUUGGUUAAGUGCGUGGAAAUAUAGUGUAUUCGUGUGUUUCUUUAGUUUACUUUUUGAGAAAAUACUAUUAAUAAUGUUGAAUAUUUAUUUAUUUAUUUUAUUUUUUAAAGUUGUCAUGGUUGAGUAGUUGUUGUAUGAUUUAAUAUUACGGUUUAGGUUUAUCAAAAAAUAUUUCGAAAUCAAUUUUGUUAUUGACUUAGAUAUGUUUUAUGAAGUAUUUCAAGAGUUUAUAUUAUUGUUGAUUGAUUGAACAUUUUGUAUAUAUGCUUAUAUUUUAUUUCUGGUAGUUUAUUUUUUUUUUCUUUGCCGUUUUUGAACUUGAUUUAUUUGUAAACAUCCAAUAAUUAUGCAUAUCCUAUAUCAAAAUGGCUUUUCAUUUUUUAUGCAGACUUUUAAAACAUUGUAGUCUUGACAUAAAUUUCAAAAUUAGUUUGGGCCUAUAUAUUAAAAAAAUUCUCUAUAUUAUACACUAAGAUUCAAGGGUUGUUUUGUGUGUACGUGUGUGUAUGAACGUUUUAGCGAAUUUUAAUAAUUAGACUUUUACUGAAAAUAACUUUUGCAUAAGUUUUUAACAACAGACUGAACUUAUUUUUGGUGAAAUUAUUUGUGUGCAUUUCUAUGUUAAGUUUGAGCAUUAUAAAUUUGUAUUAUUUCGAGCAAACAAUUACUAUUAUAAUUUUCAGUUGCUUUUCAAAGCUUGUUUGAGAUUUGCCUCUUUAAUUAAGAAACACAAGAGUUCUAAAGCAUCCAUUUUAUGUGGAGCACAGUAGUUUAAGAUGUAUCUUGUUAAAAAAAUGGCAAGAAUCAAUUUCAUUAUUUUUACCUCCAAAGAUUGGCAGUUCUUCCAUUUAAGCGGCAGACCUCUUGCAAUUUUAUCAAAAAUUUGCAUUUUCUUUGUUCGUUACCUUUAUUGACUUUUCCGUGUGGCAUUUUGAUAAUCUGAAGAAAUAAAAACCACAGAAUUACGAUAUUUUUAUUACUUGAUACUUACUUAUUAUUACUACGAUAUUAUUACUACUUGACUCAACAUCUGGUGUUUCGUUUUCAUCCCCCAUAGCGGUGUCUGUCUGACGCGAAGUUCUACUAUGGUAUAGAAUGGAUGAAUCACUAUUCUCAUCCUCUGCCGAUUCGGCAGGAAUUUCUAAACUAGAUAUUUCACUUUUUGUUUUUUAAUUUAUCUCACAUGACGGUGGAGAAGUUUCAAGCAGUGGAUUAAUAUCCCAAGUUUCUGCUUUCGUUUUCCCUAAAUAAGUAUUACCUUUUAAAGAUUCAUUGAAUUUAACUGAUCCCUCUUCUAUUAUUUUUUAGCUUUUAAUAUCAUAAAUUCGAUAACCCUUUCUUUCUUUAGCGUAUCCUAGCAUUACACCACAUCUUCCUGGAACGUCAAAUUUAUUUCUCAUUACUUUCGGAACGUGAGAAUAAGCCACACAGCCGAAUUUUUUAAGAUAAUUUAAUUUCGGUUUUCUACCUAUCCAAAUUUCAAGGGGUAUUUUUUCUUUUCCUUUACGUGGGGUUACAUUAGAUACUUGGGUGUUACAAUUAAUUGCUUCGGCCCAAAAUUUUAAUAGAAGCUCACUUUCAUAUAAUAAAGAUCUAAUCCUUUCUAAAAGAAUGCGGUUCGCUCUUUCAGCUUUACCGUCACUUUCGCUAUUGUAUGGAAUAGUUUUUUCAUGAAAUAUUCCUGAAUUAGCAAGAUAAGAAUCGAGUUGUUCAUUUACAAAUUCUAAGCCAUUGUCAGUUCUUAAAUUCUUUUAUCAGUUAAAUUUUCAUAUUUGGCUUUAAAUUGCAAAAAUAAUAUUUAACACUUCAUUUUUAUUUUUUAAGAAAUAAGUAAAAUACAUGCCAGAAAAAUCAUCCAUCACUAUCAUGAAAUAUUUUGCUCCAUCAAAUGAUUCAUGUUGAAUAGGACCACAUAGAUCAGCAUGAAUCAACUCAAGAAUUUCAGAACUUUGAUUUACAUCAACAUUAGGAUGAGUUUUUAUGGCUGUCUUACUUAUAUCACAAAUUUAACAUCUAAAAUUAUUUAUAUCAUUAAUAUCAAUAUAAUCUUUCAUUUUAAGCAUAUACUUAGGAUUUAAAUGACAUAAUCUGUAAUGCCAAAUCUCAUAAUUACUAUUGGGUUGUUUAGAAAAAUAACACUCUGAAUUAUACAAUGAUUCCAACUAUAAUUCUAAUCUGUUGUUAUUUUUAAAUGCUUUAAUAACUAAAUUAUUAUCUUUAUCAAAAAUUAACAUACAAUUAUUAUUCGAUUUAAUUUUAUAACUUAUCCAUCAAACAAGUUACUGACAAUAAAUUAUAUCUUAGCUCAGAAACAUAGCUAACAUUAGUAAUUGUUAAAUUUGUAGGAUUAUUAAUCACAGUUUUUGUUUUAACUGUUCCGAUUCCCUCACACAAAAUUUUAAUCUUUACCUGCUAAAUAAAUAUCUCUUGUUUCAGGGAUUAUUUCUUCAAACCUUAUACUGUCUUUGGCCAUAUGACAAGAAGCUCCACGGUCCAGCAACCAUAUUUUAUCACUUAGGCUUUCUUGUUUGAUGAGAAGUAGUAAACACAUUAUCACUAACACACUUCGUUGUUUUGUUGACUGGUUGGCACGGUGUUGUGUAUUUCGCCUUUGAUUAUUUUCAUCACAUGGAGCACUUUGACUAGUAUUUUUAUUUUUGUAAAAACAGCCCUGGGCGAUAUGAUUUGGACGUCUACAGAUGUAACAGAGGCUUACACUAGAACUUUUGUUUUUUCUAGAAUAAAACACUUCCGCAUUGAUUCCUUCAGCUCGAAUACUCGUCGGCGAAUAACAUGUAUUUUCUUCUUCACGUAAAAUUUUUAAUAAAUAAUUCUUUCUUCGUCCAUUGACUUGCCACGUUGGAUUUUGAGAAUUUCUCGUACUUUAGAGAAUUUUCCUUUCAGUCCGCAGACUGUAUAAUAAACGACCUCCCUAGGUGUGACAUCUGGUCCUAAAAAAUGACACUUCGUAGCGAUACCUUUGCUCUGGCAAUAUAAUCGUUUGCCGAUUCAUUACUUUUCAUUUGAAGAUUUUUCAAUUCAUUGCCAGUAUCUAUUUUGCGGUCUUCUGCUUGACUCGUGAAUGUUGACUUUAUUUUAUCCCAAAGAAUUUUUGCAUUUUCCUCUGCUGCGAACUGUAGGACCUAUUCGUCUGACAAUGAUAAUUUAAUAUAAGCAACGGCGUCAGAAUUUUUCUGGAUCCAUUCUGCUGAAUCUUUUGCACUUAGAUUUUCUGGUUUCACUGCUGAUAUCACAGAGUCUAAUCUUUUCAAACUCGGUGCUGCCUGUAUUUUCAAUGCCAAAAUAAAAUAAUUAAUUCCAUUCAGCUCAGGGACAUUAAUUUAUCCAUGCUGGCAGUUUCGUUUUUGACAGUUUCGUUUCAGUCACACAGUUCACUUAGAAAUUUUUACGAAGCAUAACCACGUUUAGUUUACCGCGAACCAGAACCACGCUCUGCUACCAAUUUGUUAUUACUUUUCAAUAAAUCUCAGCAUGGUUCUUGAAUACAGUACAUUUAUUAGACAUAGAAAACGAAAAGAAAAGAAUGCAGAUAUUGACGGUUACGCACACAGCAUCACGUUAAACAAUUCGCGGGUGGAAUGCAUCGGAACGAAGCGACAGAAGCGUAAUCACACAGAUAUUCCUACGCGAGAAAAAUCGUCCGCUCGCUUCAUUCCAACAAAAAUGUUUUGUGUUAAAAACAGACAUGCACAACAUAAAGGAUUUUUGCAAAGAAUGUUGAAGGUAGAAAAAAAAAAAGUGUUAAAUGGUGAAAUGCAGUUUCACAUCUGAUUGAUUCAUUCAAAAACACAAGACUCGGUAUUUUGUUUUUGCUGUACAUUAUUUUCCAGAGGAAAUGAAAAAUCUACAUGAUUUAUAGGUAGCUGUAAUAACUGGAGAAACUUGCCAACUGUAAUUCAAGAUCAUGAGCGCUCUAUUUGUCACUUUAUUCAUUUAUUGCUUGGAAAACUAUUGAUAAUAUAUAUCAAAUUAAUAUAAAUAAGGAAACGGAACGAAUUAAACUACUAUUUCAAAGAAUUAUAGAUGCGAUUCUGUUUUUAGUAUGUGCUAAUCUUCAACUUUGAGGAAACCACGAAAUAAUGGGAAAGCGUAAUAUUGGACAUUUUUUAAAGCACCCACGUAUUACAGUAUCCAAAUGGAUUCUACUCUUGGUAUUUCUCAUAUAAAACAAACUUCAGUCGUUAUUAGGUUUGUAAAUUUUGAAGAGAAAAUAUUAAGUAUAAAUGAGUCAUUUACAGGGUUUAUUGAAGUAACUGAUGGGACUAGAAAAGGACUAGCAAAAGCUCUAUUGAAAAUAUUAAAUGAGCUUGAUUUAGAUAUUAUAGAUUGUAGUGGACAGGCAUACAACAACGGUAGUUACAUGAAAGGGAAAUAUAAAAGUGUACAGUAUAGAAUAAUUGCUCUAAACCCUCUUGCAGUUUAUGUGUCUUGCCUAUCACAACUCUUUUAAUUUAUUAAUUUGUGAUGCCGCUUCCAACAGUAUAUAUUGUUUUUUUUUAUAUCGCAAUGUUUGUAUUGUUUAUUUUUUUGCAUCUACAAAAAGAUGAGAAAUUCUACAAAAGCAUUUAAACAUUACUUUUAAACCAUUAUGCGACAAUCGUUGGGAAGCCAGAAUAAACUCGGUUAAAGCAGUGUAAAUACAGUUUGAGCAAACUUGCAAUGCUCUAGAAGAAUUUAUUGAUUCAAAUAAGAAUAAUACAGCGGUAUCCAAAGUUAAAAGUCUAUUAGAUUCAGUAUAAGAAAUGGCAUUUAUUUUAUGUUUAAUAGUAUAGUUUACAAUAUUGUCCAAAAUGAGCACUAUCAAUAAACUACUUCAAGUAAAAGCAAUCCUUGGCUUUUAAUUUAGUCAAUAAAAUUAAAACUGAAAUCUAAAAUUUAGAAACAAAAUUUAAUUCAUUUUUAGAUGAAGCAAAAGUGAUUGCACGUAAUUUGAAUUUUUCAGAACAUUUUCCUGAAAAACGAAUUCGAAAAAGAGAAAAUUAUAUUUAGAAACAGCAGAAAAUGAAAUUAUAGAAAACCCGGUUGAGGAAUUUAGACGUUAUUUUUUAAUUCUAUAACUGAUACUGUUAUUGUACAGAUAGAAGAUAUAUUUAAAAGUAUUUCAAAUCGAUCACUGAUGUAAAAAGUUUAGAAUCCCUGAAAUUGAUAUUGAUUGUAUAUUAAUCUUCACUUUAAACUGAAAUAUUCUGACCAUUAUUUACAACAGUUCGUUGAGAAAACCCAAGCCAGUGAUCUUAUUGAUUAGCUAUGCAUAUUUUAAUGACUUUUCAGUGAACAUAUUGCUGCCAUUAAAAAUUUUGUAAUCUUUAAGAAAAGUUUAAAAAUUUUAAAUUAGUAUCUAUUGUUUAAAAAAUGCUGAAUUUAAGCACUUGAGUUUGUUUGCAUCCUUGGAUAGAAAUUUUUCAAUUAAUGUCAUGUUAAUUGUUUCUUGUCAGCGGUUUAUAGUUGAAAAUCGAACGAUUGAUAAGAUAUUGCCAGUAACUCAUUGUUUAGCUUUCUUGAUGCAGUUCAUCAAAUCUUAUUGGGAUUUUUUUUAUAAAUGAAUUUUUUUUUGUUAAAUAUUUUUUUUGUAUUUAAUUUCUUUUGUUGAUUGUAAAUAAAUUUUAAUUGAUUUUAAAUUGCUUUGUCAUUAUUAUAAUUUAUGGUAUUUAUUUAUUUUCCAAAUGAUUCAGAUUAUAACUUUUCUUCUUAAGUGUUUUUUUUAUAUUUAAAAUAACAGGUCGAAAAUUCAGUAUUAAAUAAAACGAAAUUCACGAAAAUUCCUUAAUUGUACAUCGCAUAAAUUCUAAAUUCCAGCCCAUUAUUUGCGGCAGCGUUUCUUAGCCUGCGAUAUGCAAUAUUCCUAGGGGUACAAGAAUUGAUCUGAAAGGGUUCGUGGGAAAAAAAGAUGCAAGAGUGAACUUUAAAGAUAUGUAUAUAGGUGUUAAAAACUUCACAUAAAUAAGUGAGAUAUAUGGAGAAAUGAUGUAAAUAAUAAAAAAAAAAUUGGAGGAACGCUGAUUUCGGGAAUUGUUUUAUUGAUAUCAAAUACUUUAUUUAAUGCAGUCGGUUAAAUUGCCAUUCUUAAUUGUAAGAAAUGAGUUCAAAAUAUUAGUAAAACGCAUUCUGUUCAUUAAUUGAUAAAAUGCAAUUUUAUUUUUAUAUUAUGCUUUAUGUUAUAUUUUAUAUUAAAUUUCUACUGAUUAAGCUUCGAAAUAAAAUUCCUCGUAUACAUAUCACACUGUAUAGAUUUGCGCACAUGUCAAUAACCAUCAUGAAACUUGUUUUAAAAGAAAGCGUACAGGAAAUUUCAGUUGAAAUCUUGCAAGUCAGUUUUUGUUUAUUAAUGUUGUUUAAAAAUUUAAGAUUUUUAGAAGCAAAACUUGAAACAAGCUUUUGAAUGGUAACAUUUUCAGAGUGCCAAACAUCCAUUAUUUUCUGUGGGAUUUUUUAAGGUAUGAUUUUCCCCCCUUUUUAUAGGAUGCUAAACAUCGCCGAACAUGUUAACAGAUCUAAAAAUGUAAGCUUUUGACUCUUUCGUGAUUUUUUUUUUCUUCUUAUUUUUUUAUAGGCUCUCUUUACCUAGCUUUAAAAUUUCUGUAUUAGAAUUCUCUUGGUUUAUAAAAUUCAGAAAGUUUUUCUAUUAAUAUUUUUGUAAAUAUGUGUAUAAAUGAACAAUGAACUGCAACUACUAUAUAAAAUUUUCAACUUUUUUACCACUUACAUAAAAUGUCUAUUAGAGUUUGUGAAUCUUCUUGCUAUUAGAUUUUACUGCAUUUUGUACGAAAAUUGAAGUUCAUUUCCUUAAUGUAUUCCUGUGUUGUAAAUUUAAGUUGAAUCGAAGUUUUUGUGUUUUUUUUAAUCAAAAGUAAUUACUUAUUCUUUGCAAUGAAAGGGUGUUUAAAGUUAACUAGAAAUAGUUAUAAUAAUGAAAUACUCUUAAUUUUUAUCUUGUAAAAGUGCUCUUAUGUCAUUUCAAAUUAUUACUCAUUUAAAAUUUUAUCUUUAUUUCUCCUGCUGCCUCUACUAGAGUGCAUACUAAAUCAUGAAUUGCUACAGCUACUUUAGAAGCUUUAAGUUAGAUGUUUUAUUCUUCAAGAAACAAAAACAAAAAAAAAGUGUCAUAAUUAAAUCUAUACUUCACAAUGACUACAUUAAUUGUACCCUUUAUUUGUUUGUUUUUUUCGGUGGUUAAUUAAUAGCUACUGUAAAGGGCGUAUGCGACUUGAAUAAACUCUUGAAAAGUGAAUUUAACGCUGUUAUCAAGCCAAAAUCACAGACCACAAACCAUUCAAGUUCGAAUCAACGGUGUAUUUUCUAUCUUCUAACAAUAGAAUAAUUAUUUGGUGAAAAAUUAAUAUUCGUAAUUUUUUUUUUUUUUUUUCUGUAGCCCUUUAAUUUCAUUUUGUCAUUGAUAAGGAGUAAUCGCAUUACCAACUAAUAUUAGUUUGUAAAAUAACUAAAUAAAUCGAAUUUGCUCAUUUCUAACAAAAUUGUAAUAAGAGUCUCAUUAGUCAGAUUAUAAAUAAAAAAUCAAGCUUAGUAUAACAUUAAAUUGCUUGCAUUCUUUCUAAUAUAAUAAUCUUUUUUGUUUAGUUGUGAAGUAUGCAAUUUAAUUGAAACUUAGAAUAUAGUAUAUGAGGCUCAUAAAUGUUUAUGUGCAAUAAUAAAAUCUAAAGUAAAUUGAAUACAGUGAAAAUCUUGAUUUCAUGUUAUUUUGUAUUGCAAUGUUCAAGUUGUGACGAUAUUUGCUUGGUGAGUGCGUAUGCUUAGAAUUCGAAGCAGUUUGUAUCUUCAAAAAUAUCCCCAUUCCUU